AUGCCGCUCGCCAUCCGCCCCGCGACCCCCGCCGACGCCCCCGCCCUCUCCCGCAUCUGCCUCCUCACCGCAGACGCCGGCGCUGACGCAGCGCCCCUCCACGCCCACCCCGCCCUCCCCGGCCUCGUCUGGGCCCUCCCCUACGUCUGUCUCCCCGAGCAUACCUGGGGCUUCGUCCUCGUCGACCAGGAACAGGACCAGGGCCCCGCGCGCGGCCCAGACGAGCCCGACCGCAGUCACGCCGUCCUGGGCUACAUCCUCGGCGCGACCGACACCCGCGCGCUCGAGGCACAGGCCGAGGCAGAGUGGUGGCCCGCCCUGCGCGAGAAAUAUCCCCUCCCGGCCGACACCCCCCCUCCAGCGGAGGACCCGAGCCCGCCCCCUCUUUCACCCGCCUACGACCCCGUCAACCCCGGCCCCGGCCCCGCGCGCACGCCCGCCGACGCGCACUACGUCGCGCUGCUGCACAGCGGGUGGGCCCCCGCCCCCGCCGCGUGCGUGCGCCUCGGCCCCGCACACAUGCACAUCGACCUCCUCCCCGCCGCGCAGCGCCAGGGCUGGGGCCGCCGCCUCGUCGCCGCCGCCGUGCGCCACCUGCGCGCGGACGUACACGCGGUGUGGCUCGGCAUGGACCCGCGCAAUGCGGGUGCGCGCGCGUUUUAUGAGCGCUUGGGGUUUCGCGCGGUCGAGGGCGCGCCGGGGAAUUAUUUGGGGCUUAGGUUUGACGAGUGGGAGGGGUGAGCGGCGCGCCGCGGCGGCGUUGGCGCUUGCCUUCGUAUUUCCGUAGUGCACGAUGAUGCGACGGCGGCCGUUCAGUACUUCUCUCUCUCUCUCUCGUUAAAUUCAGUCCAUCGUUUCCGGACUUUGAGGUCACGGAAAUUAUCAGCC